UAUAAUAAUUAAUAAUAAUAAUAAUAAGCUGAUAUUGGAAUAGCUUUGAAGGGAGGGAAAAAAUGGAAAUUUGUCACUUUUUACUUAAAGAGACAUUUGCCCCAAAAUGGGUUAAUUGUGAGCAAGCCAAGAGCAGCACUUGACUGAACUUACUGUGUAUAUAAAUAUUUUCUGCAACAAAUCAGCAUUCUCUGGGACAUCCCUCGUGUCAUGUCACAUCUUUAUUUCUUCAAUUUUAAGUUUGUGUGAAUGUUGUGGUGUGACAGCGUGUGCCUGUGAGUGAAAGUGGUGAAAUAGACACGAGAAUCUAAAGGCCCCUGCUCCUCAAAUGAUGAUGAUUAUGUGGUGAUCAAAUGGCUUUGAUUUACAGUUCACAACUCCAGCACCUCUUCUCACUGGCUCAGGCACAGCCAUCAUACUCUAGCCUAGCGUCCUGCGUUUUGGAAACAGCAGGAUCAGAUAUCAGAACCAUUGCACUGAUGGACUCCACUGUGGACUUGCCUUCAUUGCUAUCACGGCCAUAAGGGGGUGCUGCUGGACUUCUUUUGAUAUUGGUUGUGAAGCCAUACACUGAACCUCGCUGCUGGCCACGCUUUAAGCAAUGCUUCAAUGCUAAACAUGCAAGUUAAUACCCCUGACCUCUCCUGUAGGCGUACACGGGCACAACAAGUGCCUCUUUAUUAUUUUGUAAAUACCAAAAAAAAAAAAAAAAAAAAGAAGCAGCUAGAUGGGGAAUGCAGCAUUAGUAGAAGGGGAGGCCUGCAGCUUCGUAGUGUUUGAUUUGCAGCUUUACUAUGGUUAUCUUGCUUCUUUGUAUAUUUGAAUGUGAUCAGCAGUCAGGAAUGUCACACCUGAUGCCGGUAUAAAAGAUUUUUUCCUCCCCUUUUUUUUAAAUAUAGAUAUUUUUUUUGCUUGUUGCUGUUAGUUAAGGCUCAGAGGGCAAUGAAAAAAAGCAAUCUCUAAGGGGAGGACUUUGUCCUGGAAGGCAUUUCCAGCCCCCUUUUGCAAGACUUUACAAUGUAACGGGUGAUACCUGCUACAGUAUGGUAGCUUAUAACAUUUGCAACUAUAAUGUGCCAGUAAACAUUUUUACUGAAGAAAUCUGUGUGUGUUUUUCUUUCAUGAACUUGGUCAGUGUAAGCUACAUAUACAUGCACUCCAUUUCCUGGAUAAGGCUGUCAACUAAAGGGACUGUACGUUUAGAUUAAUGUUACACAAUGAGUGUUAUUUAUUAGAAUUUAAAUAUAGAUGCAUAUUAGGCCAGAAAUAAAUUAUACCCAGACCUAGUUGAAGCCAUGAGAUGCUUUGAAAUACCAUUUGUGCAAUUAUUUGAGAAAGGACAUUUCCUACAAGCCAAUUCUAGCAACUCGAUUAUUACAUCAUUUUGUAAUUCGACGAUUGCACUAUGAUAGCUUUGUUUGUAUUAUAAAACUAGUGAAGGAACAUGGCCUCGCGUUGACCUCCGUGGGGUUGCAUAAAAUGCCCCAAUUAUGAGAGUAUAAUAUAACCGUUAGCAUUGUUCGAUCUCACUAAAACGUAAGUCGCGCUGGACAAAACAUUUCAUUUAAGACUUAAAGUUCAUCUUUUUCCUUGAACUACGCAGAUGAAUUUUAUGAGCUUUUAAGGACCCAUGAAUGUCUCACGGUUUGACGUUUUCGCUACAAUAUGCAUUUUUGCGCAAUCUCCAUUUGUUUAUUUAUCCAUCUAUCUGGCUAUCCACCGGAGGUUCUAACCUGUCCAUCACACCAUUGACCCCGCCCCAAUCAGUGGGCUCACCUGUCUUUAUUAAUGGCUGUUCUGGCUGCACGACUCUGCUCCAGGCCUCCGUCGACACCCGUGGAUAAGUAGCUGCAGCGGCCGUGCAUGAGACCUCUGUCUUCGGCUGUGACCAUGGCCAGGACUGGGUUCUGCGACACCAAGCCUCUGCUGGACUUACACAAGAAGGUUUGCUCGGCGGAUGAAAGGCGAGCCCCACUAAGAACCUGGGCUAAUGCCUCUGGGCCUAUAGAUCGCUGGCUGCCUGUAGAAGCAGACGAGUCCAGGAUGAACUUGCUUAAAAUGGAACCAGAACGCAGAUGGGAAAGGAGGCUGUCCUUGCAAACCAGUGAUGGCAUCAUCAUGGGGUUUCAUGAGGACAGUAGGGCAUGGUCACCUGGUAAAUUAAUUGCAGAAGGGUGUGUAGAAGAUCCUGUGCUGCUUUAUCCUUGUGGCCUGCAGGGUCUUCCUAGCCUACAAGUGCUGGUUCCUAGUUUGUUGCGCCAUGAAAUAGAGAAGGCAUUAGAGAAAUUGGAUGUCAUAUGGGACCGGACAUAUGCCUGGGAGAUGUUUCUAGACAUGAUGCGAACCCAAAUACAGAACUCUCUUCCCAGUGCUGACCUCCCCAGGUAUUUUACUAAUGCCACUCGAGGUAUUCUGGUGGAUUGGCUCAUUCAGGUUCAUGAAAUUAUGCACUUUCAAGAUGAGACCCUUUAUCUGGCUAUACACCUCCUCAACCGCUCACUGCGACUAAUCAAGGUGACCACAGCCAAUCUGCAGCUCCUUGGCAUGGUUUGUCUCUUCAUUGCUGCCAAGAAAGAAGAGUGUCUUCUCCCUGAGGUGUCUGGACUCUGCUCCCUGAUGGAUCACACCUAUACUAAGCAUCAGUUUCUGCGAAUGGAACGCAAAGUCCUCUCCGGCCUCAAGUUUGAGCUAUCCUAUUCUCAACCUCUUCAUUUCCUGCUUAUUUUUGCCUCUGUUGCUCACUGCAGUGCCUUGGUGGUGUGGAUGGCUCGUUAUCUGCUGGAGCUGUCGCUCCUGGAGGGCCAGUGUGUGGUGUUUCUGCCUGCUCAGCUCGCUGGAGCCGCACUCUGUUUGGCCCGCCAAGUUGUGCAGGAGCCUACAACACCAGAGGGAGAGGCUGCCUGGUGUUUAGUCUCCAGCAUUCAUGUUGGCAGUGAAGCUACUCUUAUGAAGAUCAUGCAUAUUCUAGCCAGUGCUGCUGCCAAGGCUCACACCUGUGCUACUUUUGUUAAAUUUUCAUCUCCAGAAACCAUGCAUGUCAGUAGACACCCAGGACUGAAAAAUGCCUCUAGUCUACUGGGUGUAUGCAGUUGACAUACCUGAUUUGAAACAACUUGAUUACAUUCUUGAGCUUCAAAGGUGCUAAACUUGUACAAACUAGUUUAAACUAGUUAUACUACACUAGUAUAACUCAAGAAUGUCAUUCCUUUGACAAAAAACUUCCAACCAAAGCAGUAUCAUCUUGACUAUGGAUCAUGAAGUGUUGACAUGUAAUUGGGUAAAGAAACAAGUAAGAUUUGUUGCCAGACAUAUGUACUGACCAACUUUGCAGCACACCUGUUUUAUGAACUUAUCUUGUAGCUGAUUUAAGAAAUAUAUAUUUGAACUGUAUUGAUGUGUCCUUGUCUUGCCAUUUUGUGGAGAGGAUGUGGUCUGAAUGCCAAGUUAUUUGAGAAAGUUUUAAUGUAAAAAAAAAUAAAGUGUCUGGUGCUGAGUAUUGACAUCCGGCUUAUUCAUUUUUGUAUAAAUGUGGAAUACAUUUAAGUCCAGUGGCACCUGGAAAGUGUUUCUUUUCAAUGGCACAGGAAUGUUUAAU